UACAAAACGUCGCAAAAAUUGAGAACGUGCAAUUCUGCUGCGCGUUAUUAGAGGAAUCACAGUGGCGAACAUAAGAAGGCCUUUGAGCAGAACGCAGAAUCAAUUAAAGGGGUAUCUAAAGCGCAGAACUCGCAAAUAGCACAAGGAAAUCGCUGGAAAGAAACCGAACACUGAACGCCGAAAAAUACCAAACCCUUAAACAGGAUAUCAAUACAUAACAAAAAACAGAAAUAAAAGACACAAAAGACAAAACCAUGCGCCAUCCCGCUGCCCCAACAAUAAUCGCCGUCCUCCUCGGCUUCCUGGUAUUCAUGGUAGUCUGGGCGAGAGUUAGAGACGAUGGCCACCACGAAGGAAACCCGCAUCCUGCAGACGUACCUAAAAAAAGAGAAGAAGAAAGCGAACACGACGACAACUAGCCAUCAGCCUUGAUGGCUUACUGUGGCUGUUGCUCGUGCUGCUGUUGCUCGUGCUGCUGCUGCUCCUGCUUCCGCUUCUUUCCCCUCUCCCUGGUCAGCUUGCUCUUCUCGGCAGCUGUCAGGUGACUGUGCGUGCCGCGAGCGGCACGCUUCUCCUGGUCCUUGGACCCUGCAGGGCGACCACGCCUCCUGGGCUGUGGCGCGGAGGUACCAGGGGCAGAAGCGGGAGGAGAGGAGGGAAGGAGAGGGAGGCAAGGAGGGAGGCAAUCCGGGAGGGGAAGCGGGAGCGGAUCCAGGAGCGGAGCCGGGAGGGAG